CGGGAUAAAUGAUCAUAUGUUUGAAAUGAAAAAGCCUUCGCAAUGCCAUUUGUGCGCCUCGUGUUUCUGUCACCUGAAUCCCACGAUAAUUUUUUGCCUGGAAGUUCUGGCCAAGAUCAAGGAUCUCACUGGAAUAUGGUUAGAACAGAAUGAACGCCAGCCGCGUCAUAUUUGCCCAUCUUGUUUAAAUGACUUGAACACAUCGAUUAAGUUAAAGAAGCGCAUUCAACGAGUUCACAAUGAAGCAACGCUGAGGCGGGAAUCUGGGCUUGAUGAGGAUCUAGAAAGCACUGUAUCCGAUAUAGAGCCAGAAGGGGAUUCCAGUGACUUGGAAUCGGAGGAAUCAUAUGAUUCAGAAAACUAUCCAUUUGACAAAAAAGCAGAGGAAUCCGAUAUUGAUUUAAAUCUCGCCCAUGAGGAUAGGAGAAACGAACCACAUAAUCCUUAUGAUUCGGAAACCCCCUUAAUAUUUAAGCAUAAAAAUCCAUUAAUUGAGACUCCUUCAUUUGCAAAUGAAAACUUGCCUAACAAAGUCGAUGCAAAAAGCCCAAAAAAGGGAAACUUUAUACAAAUUGGAACCGAUCUGAGACUACUUACAACGUAUCCCUCUAUUAAGGUAGUAAAGCCCCUUGCAUUAGCUCCAGAAGAUGUGGCAGCUGAGAAUGUACCCCCUGCAAAAAGGACAGCUCGGAAAAUGCAAUCCCUGGUGUGCCCUAAGUGCGGAAGGGUCUUUAAGACUCCAUACAACCUAAAGACGCAUAUGGUGCGCCACACGGGUGAGAAGAACUUUCCAUGCACGUUCUGCGACAAGCGGUUCGUCACCAAGUAUCUGGCUCGUCUACACGAACGAGUGCGCCACAUGGGCGAACAGCCGUUUGAGUGCAACUUCUGCUCGGCAACGUUUUUCACAAGUACAGCUAAGUCGAGCCAUGAGCGAAUACGGCACAUCAGAGAUCUGAGGUACCAAUGCGACCAGUGCACCAAGAGAUUCAAUACCAAGACCUGCUUGAAUAAGCACAAGUUCCUGCACUCAGGUCUUAAGCCCUUUGACUGCGUUAUUUGCCAAAUCAACUUUGCCCGAAAGGCAACGCUAAGGAGUCACUUCGAUUCGGUUGCUCACCAGAAAAGAGCCAGCGCCAUCCUGGAAUCCGAAGAGCAUUGAUUCGCCAAAGAAUUAGAGAUCGUUUUUAAUUCCGUCUUAUAAGAUGCGGGAUAUGUAG